AUGAAAAGUAUUCCAAAAACUAUUGAAGAAGAGAACACCGAUAUAGUCAGUCUAGAGAAGUCUGUCCUUGCCAAAACCAAGAAACUAGAUAUCAGCAGAUGCCAGAGCAUUCUCUAUAAGAUUUAUCCAUACAGAGAAGAAAUUGAACCAUUGGGCUCAGACUCUGAAGAAGUUCCAGAAAAUAGUCAACUUAUGAUUUAUUUCUCCGAACUUGAAGAUAUGAAGUUUGCUCAAAGCUUUAAGAAGCUCAAAUUCUUUGAUAUAAAUUGGGUUAAUUUGAGUUUUGAUGGUUCUAAAAAUAAGCAUUUGGUAGAUUUCUUAGCAUCAUCAUUCCUAAAUAAAACUAAUUGUUUCGAUUUUAGAUCCAUGAAAGAAAUGGAUCUGAAUAAGUCCAAUUACUUAAAACCACUGCUCAAUCUCAGUUCUAAAGUCGUCCAACAAGUUACAUUUUAUAAUUUCUUCAUUGGCUUCUCCCAACUAAAGAUACUUGUGGCAGCUUACAAGCAUGUCAGAGAGUUUACAUUGUGGCAUUGCAAGUUAUCAAUUCCAAGAGUUCCUAAUUUUUCAAAGGCUCUUACAAAUUGCCAAAUCCAGGAACUAAAUUUAAAUGAAUCAAAAGGCUCUUACAAAAAUUCCUGGGAGAAUAACUUUGAUGAGUUUAAGAACUUGAUACAAGGAUUAGCAAGUUCUCCAGAUUUAAGAUCGAGUCUCAAAAAGGUAGAAAUCUAUGAAUAUGGAGUAAAGAAAUAUGAAGCUGAACAAAUCUUUGAAGAAAACCAGCUUGGAGGAGUUGAAGUAUUUGGUGAUAAUUAA